CGGCGGCGGCGGCGAGAAGGUGCCGAAGAUCGCGUCCGUCGUGGGCAUCCUCGGACACCUGGUGACGCAGCACGCGCAGGGCAUACACAAGGCCCUGCUCACGCUCUUCCAGGAGAAUCUUCAGGAUAACGUUGACGACUUCAGGUUAGCUACGGUUCCCUACCUUCUGCACCUCGCCUCUCUGUCUCCCAUGCUGCUGUGUGUGAUCGCAACGGACUCUGUGAAAACUCUCACGCCAGACGUGCUCAACCAGCUAGCUGUGCAGGUGGGAAAAUGGCAGUUCUCACAUGUCCAGGACCUUGACAGUUUGCUGAGCCUGGUUGUGCAUUUGAUCAUCAUGAGCACGGAUGGUUUUCUGGGCAUUCUACAGUUCCUGAUCAAUACCAUAUAGCCCUGGAUACAGGCAUCAACGAAAAGGUUGAAAAAUACUGUACAGUAAUCCUGUCUGGAUGACAAGAAACCGAGGGAUAUGCGAAUGAAGGAAAAAAUUAACCAAAAACUAAUAGAAACUGGUGAGAAGGAAAGGUUAAAGGAGCUCCUUCGGACACAGCUCAUAGAAUGUGGUUGGCGGGAUGAGCUCAAAGUGCAUGCCAAAGAAAUUGUGAAGGAGAGGGGGAUCGAAAAUGUUACAGUGGAUAACUUGAUUGCAGAGGUAACACCAAAAGCAAGAGCGUCGGUGCCGGAUGCUGUGAAGAAGGAUCUGCUACAGAGGAUACGGACGUUUCUCUCCCAGCAACCCGGCUUGUAGCGUCCGAUGUGUAUCACGCCGCCCGACAGAAGCAUGAAGCCAACGGCGUGAGAGAAGCAAAACAAGACUGACGUCCACGCCCGAGCCGUGGCGGUCUCACCCCUCCCCGCCCAAGCCGCGGCGGUCUCACCCCUCCCAGCCUGAGCCGCAGCGGUCUCACCCCUCCCCGCCCGAGCCGUGGCGGUCUCACCCCUCCCAGCCCGAGCCGUGGCGGUCCCACCCCUCCCACCCCGAGCCGUGGCGGUCUCACCCCUCCCAGCCCGAGCCGUGGCGGUCUCGUCCCUCCCAGUCCGAGCCGUGGCGGUCUCACCCCUCCCCACCGUUGCGAGUCAUUGCAUGAAUGAACCCCAUCUGUGCAUGUGUGCGAAGUACGUUGAUAGAUACGAUACACGUAUGAUCGUACAGAGUGCCAGCUAGCGCGUCACCUUCCUACAUCGCAUGCUGCAGCAGUCGCACUGGAUGUAAUACUACUAGAUGUGUCUCUGCAUUGCAUGCGGUGCGAAUUCGGCUGUUGAGCAACUCGUAUCCGCUGUUGACCCAGGCAUUGUCGAUUGUACGAUGCUACCGAUAGCCCGCCAGAGCAUCUUUUUCACAUUCCACUCGCGUGAAUUCCACUGCAGAGGAACAGCAUUUGUUUACUGGCUCGCUGUUGCUGCUGUUAGCCGCUGCAGUUUCUCGUUGAUACUCAUUCUGUUGCGUGAGCGCGUGGUCGAUGCAGCGGUGUUCGUGUAACCUACGUUUUUUAGUUGGCAUUUUCGGCAGGCUAUCUAAUGGUGGGAAAGAAGAGAAAAAAUGUGUUCUGAAAAAGUGAGAUCUUGUCGUGAUCACUUGAAUGGGAUUUUGCUUUUGUCCGUCAGUUUGUGUCUUAGAUUUGAUGUGCUUCUCGUGAGUAAUUAGACUAAUUUUAUAAGGCACGCAUUGAGCUAAAAUUAUCCUGUAUUGAUUUUCACUUCAUAUCGGUAUUAAACAAGGUUUAAGAAAACCAGCGACAGUGCAUUAUAUCAUGUUCUGGUAUGACAUAUAUUUUACAACGUGACAUUAUUGUUUACCAAUUGAGCGAUUUUCAAUAAACUACUCUAAUACUUGUAUGUAUUAUUUCCGUAUAUGAAUAUA